AUGCAGCUAAAUCAAUUAGAAAAUUUUAGAACUGAACAAGAUAAUAGUACUUUCUUUCAUUUAAUGUUAUAGUAGGUAAUCAUACUCUACAUGGCUAAUCUGGUCGAUAAUUAUUAGAUAGUGGAUCAAGAUAAAAAUAAUAAACUAUUGCCAAAAUUAAAAAAGCCUUAAAAACUAAUAAAGAAACACUUCGUACUUUAAGAGCUACAGACUUAGUUUCAGAUAGUAAAAAAUUGUAUAAUACUAAAAUUCAUUAAAUAUUAAUAGAAAUAGUGUAGGACGAUCUCAAAUUAAAUUAUUACAUUAUGGUCCUUAGUAUACAGGUAAACCACCUAAAAACAAAAAAAACAAAGAUGAAAGUCCCUUCCUUUUAGAUUCAUAAUCAGCUGAAGAAAUUGAAGGAUUUAGUAAUUAAGCUUGGAAGAAUUAUCCUUUAGAGAUUUUGAUGAUAAUUUUAAGAUUUAUAAGUUUUAUUACUAAAUCAAACUUUGCUACAAGUUUUAGACUUAUAAAUAGAAAUGUUUUUGAAAUUAUAGGAGACAAAUCAGCAUAUUUUAGAUAUUAUUUAUUUAAUGAUUAUUUCAAAUAUGAAGUAUUGAUGUAAAUUAAUUUAAGAAACCAAAUCCAUAUGAAAAAAUGAAAUAUUAAUUAAAUCAAUAAGUAUUUGUCCCUCUUAGAAGGAUGAAGGUUUAUAAUUAUUUUAAUAAAAAUAAAUUAAUAUUACGCCCUGAGUCAAUAAUCUCAAUUGCAUGGAAUAUAUAUAUACUAACUAUUUUAAAUAUGAAUGUUUUAUAUGUAAGUGCAAGAGUCGCAUUUAAGUUUGAUACCAAUAAUUCACUUGAAGAUAGUUUUUAAUAGUUUAGAUGGGUUUUAUUUGAUGUUUUGCCCUCAUAUUCUUUUAUUUUAGAAAUAUUAAUUAAAUUUAAUACCUGUUAUUAUUACAAAGGAACAGUAAUAGAAAAUAGAUAUCAAAUAGCUAAAAACUAUAUACGAACAUGUAAAAAUGUAUGUAAUAAUAUAUAGCAUUUUUUUUUGAUGUAUUUGUUAUUAUUCCUUUUUUCAUAAGUCUUCAAUUUGAAUUAGACUAUUUAGAUUUAGUUAUAAUUUUAAAAGUGUUUUAGAUUGCAAAACUUAGUGGAAAUUUAUUUGAUAGGCUUGAACUUUCAUCAAGUUAAAUAGCCAUAUUUGAUUUAGUUAAAUUAGGGUAUACAAUUUUAGUUGUUGCUCAUUUUUGUGCUUGUCUAUGGUUUUUAGUUGGUACUACUGGAAGUGAUACAACUACUUGGGUUAUAAAAAAUGAUUUAUAAGAUUAACCUUGGCUUGCUUAAUAUUUAACAUCAUUUUAUUUCAGCAUAGUAACAAUGACAACAAUAGGAUAUGGUGAUAUAACUCCAUAAAAUUUAAGAGAAAGAAUGUUUACUAUUUGUAUGACAGUAGCUGCUGUAGGUAUUUUUGGAUACUCUAUUGGUAAUAUAAAUAAUAUUUAUGCUGAUUGGAGUAGAAAGACAAUUGAAUUUAGAUAGAAUAUGAAUGAUCUAAAGAAAUAUCUGAGAUUAAAAGGAUUAGAUAAAAAUCUAGCUGAAAAAAUAAGAAAAUAUUUUGAAUAUAUAUGGUGUGAUGCUGAAGAUGAAAAUGAUAGAGAAACAUUUAAAUUUUAAGAAUAAAUUCCAACUUAAUUAUAAGAAGAAAUGAAAAUUGAUAUAAAUAUGAAAAUAAUUAGGAAGAUUAAAUUCUUAACUGAUAAUUUUAGUGAGGAAUUUCUGAUUUUAUUGUCUAAAAAUUUAAUUGAAGAGAAAUUCGCCCCUGAAUAAAUUAUAUAUAAAGUAUUUAAUAUCUAUAUAUCCUAGUAAAAUGAAGUAAGUGAUUAUCUAUAUAUUCUUUAAAAAGGAGAAGUAGAAUUUUAUGUUAAUUUAAAUAACAAAUAAGAAUCAUAAAAAGUAUUAGAAUAAUACUCUGGGGAUUCAUAACCUUUUGGUGUUCUUGAAUUUUUUGAAAAAUAGAAUUAUUAAGUAUCAUGUAAAUCUACUUAAUUCACAUAUUUGUUAAAAAUUCAUAGAAAUUAAUUUAUUGAAUUAUUAUAAUAAAAUUCAAAAGAUUAUGUAUAAAUUGAUUAUGAAAUUAGUCAACAUUUUGUUAAAUGAGAGAUUAAGUAACCUAUUCAAAUGCAAAAGAUGUUGUUGAUGUUUCAUGUAGAGCAUGUAAUAAAACAUCACAUGUAAUACGAGAAUGUCCAUUAGUAUGUGGAUAUCCAAAUAGAUCUAAAGUUCUAUUAAACUAUAGAAGAAAUGUUCCUUCUGAUAGAAGUGUUUAUAGGAGAACUUUAAAUAGGAGAGUUGAUACUCGAUUAGAAUCUCAUGAUGUUAAAAAUAGUAUUUUAUUAUUUAUUUGCAAAAACAAAUUGAUUGAUGAAAUUUAUAAUAAAACUGGUAAUUAUAUUUUUAUUAACUUUUAAGAUGAGGAAGAGUAGAAUGAUUCAGAAGAAGAAACUUAUAACACUUUUAAAGUUGGUUACAAAUUGACAAUCACUUAAUAAAUUGAAUCAAAAAGACCUUUAUGUUUUUAAGGUUGUAAUGAUGCAUUAUAAGAUGAAGAAUUAGUAAAUUUAUUAUAAUUAUUUAUAGCAAAAUAAAAUUAAGGAAAUUGUAAAAUACCUCAAAAAAAAAUAAUUAAAUUCAAUAUCUCAAGAGAAAAAAUAAGGAUUGAAAUUAGAAGCUGAAAAGACUAUGAAUUUUAAUUCAUUAAUGAAGGGUUCUGAAACUUCACACUUAUUAUAACCCUAAUAAUAAUAAAAUGGUUAGGAUUUAGUUUAAUAAGAUUUAAACAGAAGAACUUCUAAAAUAACUCAAGGUAAACCUCGAAAUUUAUUUGAUAUUGUUAUUUAAGGUUCAUUAGUAGCUCCAGUACCUUCUUAAAAUAUAUUAACAAUCUUUGAACAAUAAGAUUAAGAUGAGGAAUUCGAUAAAAAAAGAGGAUAAUAUAUUGAAUUAUUUGAAGGAUUUGAAAGAUUUAAAAAUUUUGAAAAUUAUCUUUAACAUAACAAUUUGGCUACAAUCAUUCGAAAGAGAGAGAAAAAACGGAAAUAUUUAUGA